CUCGCACAAUCCCCAAUGGCUAUUCAAAUUCAAAUGGAAACACUGUGGGACUUUAUAAAAACGUUACUUUCAACUCAGUACCAUUGUCAAACACCUGUUUCUAGAUUCAUGUCUUCAAAAUCUAUAAAGAUAUAAACUUAGCUCCCAGAAAGUUCUAAACUUGAUACUUGAAAGCAAUCCAUCCAGAAAGGGAAAAAAAACAUGGCUGGUUCGAGAAAAGUGAAUGAUUUGUUGGAGGAAAAUAAGGGAAAUGUGGACACAAUUACAGGGUCUUUAUCCACUCAAAAGGGAGAGGAUAAGGAGAAUGUGUCGCCGGAGAAAGUCUCUACCUCUGUGGAAACUCGGAAACUAGAUCGAGCUUUGAAGUCUCAAUCGAUGAAGGGUAACUCUGGGUUUCCAACGGAAGUUACAAAUUUCAAAUCUUUCUCAACUGGUGGUCGAACAGCUCUGAAGCAGUCAUCACUGCAAGCGUGUAUGCAGAAGAACAGUGAGGUUGAUAAGAGUAGUUUCGGAAUGAAAACUUGGACUAGUGUUGAUUCAGAGCAUUCAAGUUCGUUGAAAGUGUGGGAGUUUUCGGAUUCUGAAGCUGCCCCUGCUUCCUCUUGGUCUACUUUGCCCAACAGGGCUUUGUUGUGCAAGACACUACCUUUGGAUGUGGGAAGAUGCACUUGUCUGAUUGUGAAAGAACAAUCACCUGAAGGCUUGAGCCACGGAUCUGUAUAUUCACUUUAUACACAUGAAGGUCGGGGGCGUAAAGACCGGAAGUUAGCAGUUGCUUACCAUAGCCGACGUAAUGGGAAAUCUAUAUUUAGGGUGGCACAGAAUGUUAAGGGAUUGCUGUGCAGUUCGGAUGAAAGUUAUGUCGGUUCCAUGACGGCUAAUCUCUUGGGUUCCAAGUACUACAUAUGGGACAAGGGAGUUCGAGUUGGUUCUGUAGGUAAAAUGGUGAAGCCGCUUCUUUCGGUUGUAAUAUUCACACCCACCAUAACAACUUGGACAGGGAGCUACAGAAGAAUGAGAACUUUGCUACCAAAGCAGCAGCCAAUGCAGAAAAACAACAAUAAGCAGGUUCAACAAGCUAGUAAACUACCGCUUGAUUGGCUUGAGAAUAAGGAAAAAAUUCAGAAGCUAUGCUCAAGGAUACCACAUUACAACAAAAUCUCCAAGCAGCAUGAGUUAGACUUCAGAGACAGAGGAAGAACAGGACUGAGAAUACAGAGCUCGGUGAAGAACUUUCAGCUAACACUCACGGAGACUCCAAGGCAGACAAUUCUUCAAAUGGGGAGAGUUGACAAAGCAAGAUAUGUAAUCGACUUCAGGUAUCCAUUCUCAGGCUACCAAGCAUUCUGCAUUUGCUUGGCUUCUAUUGAUUCCAAGCUUUGUUGUACUGUUUGAUCAUUAAUAAACGGACGAGUUCAAUCUCUGAACAUCCCUCCAAUGAUCAUCAUCUGUAUACCUUACUUUUCUACAUAAACAAUUCCUCUAUCUGAGUUUCACAAACUACCUCAGUACCUCUCAAAUCAAAUUCACCAUCAGAGGAAACUGAAAGUGGACAACUGUUAAAAAGAUUCAAACUUUAUUAUAUAAGAUUGUCACAAGAAAGAAUAAUCGAUGUGUCAAUGUUGAUUUUCACAACCGAGAUUCUGAACAACUAAAAAACAAAACUUAUCAGAAGAACAACACUUUAGCAAUCAUUUAACUCGCUGUAGAAAUCAGGCGUAAGGAAAGAAUCUAAAUCACCGAAGAUAACAUCAUCUUCCUCCGCCGUUAACUUGCCGGAGUUUUGACACCCGAAAUACGUCUGGAUAUCUUCCGGGAAGCUCCGACGAGGCGGAGCAAUCUCAGGUGGCGUCGAUGGUCCGAUUACCUCCUCUGCCACUAAAGGUGACGACUUCAAGAGCUUUGUUUUCCGAUCAUCGUUGUCCUCUGACGAAGAUUGACUCUGUGAUAAGUCAGACUCGUGGUUAGGUUUUAUAAAUGGGCUAAGAUCAGAAUGCGGACUCUCGAGGAGAUUAUUCGCGGUAUCGAUAGGGUUCUCCGGCACCGGGAGUUUCAGAUAACGGCUGAUGUCGAAGUUAGUAACGGCGUUGAGUCCACGGUACUCGAUAGCUGCGAUAUCGUACGCUAUAGCUGCUUCUUCUUGCGUCGCUACAAUAAAAGGGGUGCAAAAUGUCACAUUGAGAAGUUUAAGACAAUUUAUGAAACUUCUAAUUCUUUGGUUUGUUAAUUAUUACGUUUUACUCCCCAAACUAUUAUGGAUUUGCCUAAUACGUAAUAUUGUGCUACACAAGUGAAUAAUGCCAACAACAACAAAAUGAAAAUGCUACAAGUCAAUAAUCACGUUAGAUUUUUUUGAAAAUGUACUUUGUCCCGUUGAUAUAGGACAAUAUGUAAAACAUAUAAUAAAUAGAAUUAAAUUGGCCAGUAAAAUUGGAUGAGCAACUUAUAAUUUAAACCAUACAAUAAAUAAAUAUGUAUAAACAUAAGGAAAAACAAACUCUAUAAUAAAUUAAAGGCUUGACUAAGUGGUUGGGUUUGGUGAUCUAUUUCCCAACCAACACAAGAUCUGAUUACGUGCAUAUAUCAACCCCUUAUUAAAGAUUUCAAAGUAAAAAUGUUUGGUUAUAAUGAAGAGAGAAUCCCACAUAUAGCAUUUGUAGAAUUUGUUGUUAUCACAACUACCAUUUACCACCAUCCAAUUUAGUGAAUGUUUAUAAUUUGUAAUCAAAAUAUAUAUGUAUCAUACAAUCUUUUUGGUUAGGAAACUAACCACUAAUAAACUCAAAUGCAGGAGUAGUUUGAUAAAACAUUAGUGAAAACGUACAAGUUUGAUCAAAUGUGUCAAAUGAUAAUCGCAUAUUUACUUCUACUUGUCUUGAAUUUCAUCUAGUUAUGUUUUGCGUUUGGAGAUAUCAUGUUUUUUUCAUUAAUUACUGUAUAUAAAAAAUAAAAAAGUUUUCAAAAAGUUACCGUAAGUUCCAAGGUAUAAAUAU